AUGAAGUAUGUUAGGUUGAAUAAUUCAUCUAUUUUUCCAACAGAGAUUGGAUUGUUCAGAUAAUGUAAAAGAUUCUAACCCAAAGUAAGCUCACUUCAACCAAAUGAAGAGGACGCAAUGAUGUAUUCUAAGCUUUGA